AUGACUGCUCUUCAUCAAGUAGUGAAAAGAUCAUUGAAUGACGCUGUGAUGAUUUCAAAUGUUGUUGCUGCUGGAACAGAUAUUGAAGGAUCAGCCUCGAAUCAACUUUUUUAUCCUUAUGGGAUUUUUGUUGAUGUGAAUUUGGAUUUAUAUGUGACAGAUUGUUCAAAUGAUCGAGUUCAGUUGUUUCAGCCGGGAGAAUCAAAUGGCAUCACAGCAGUUGGAUACAGAUCACUAAAUCCAACAAUCACACUUCGUUGUCCAUCUGGAAUUAUCUUAGAUGCUGAUAAAUAUUUAUUCAUUGUGGAUCGUAACAAUCAUCGCAUUGUUGCUUCAGGCCUGAAUGGUUUUCGAUGUUUAGUUGGAUGUUAUGGAAGCGGUUCACAAUCCAAGCAACUGAAUUUUCCAUUUAGUUUUAGUUUCGAUCAUUCUGGAAAUAUAUUUGUUACUAAUGAAUGGAAUAAUCGAAUUCAAAAAUUUUUCCUAAUGAAAGAUUCUUUUGCUGUUUCAUUCAAUCAACCAAAGUUUUGUCCAACGGCCACUUGGAAUUCCAAUGGAAUUACCUUUGCUAAUCGCUCGAUUUUGGGCCAAUAUUCUACCGCCGUUUUUGUGGACAGAAACAACACAAUCUAUGUCGCUAAUCAACAAAAUAAAACAAUUCUAAUAUGGCAAGAAGAGAGUGUCAAUCCAACAAAAAUCAUUCACAAUAAUUGUACACUACCUAAUUCUCUCUUCGUGACAGCAAAUGGUGAUGUUUAUAUUGAUGAUGGAUUUAAGAAUGGUCAAGUACAGAAAUGGAUAGUAGAAACAAAUACUUUUGUCACUGUGAUGAAUGUUAACUCAACAUGUUAUGGUUUGUUUGUCGAUAUCAAUAAUACUCUUUACUGUUCAAUGCCUAGUCAUCAUCAAGUUGUGAAAAGAUCAUUAAAUGAUGCUGUGAUGACUUCAAAUCGUAUUGCUGCUGGAGAAGGUAUUAAAGGGUCAAUCUGGGAUAGACUCGAUAGUCCUCGUGGAAUCUUUGUUGAUGUGAACUUAGAUUUAUAUGUGGCAGAUUGUAACAAUAAUCGUGUUCAGUUGUUCCAGUCAGAAGAAUUAGAUGGUAUCACAGUGACUGGAAGUGGAUCACUAAAUCCACCACUUAAUUGCCCAAGCGAAGUUGUCUUAGAUGCUGAGAAAUAUUUAUUCAUUAUGGAUCGUAACAAUCAUCGCAUUGUUAGUUCAAGCUUGAACGGUUUUCGAUGUUUAGUUGGAUGUAAUGGAAUGGGUUCACAAUCUCAUCAAUUGACAUUUCCAUUUGGUUUUAGUUUCGAUCAUUCUGGAAACAUGUUUGUUACUGAUACAUUUAAUCAUCGAAUUCAAAAAUUUCAAUAUUGGGAAGAAUCAUGUGUAAAUACUUCAUCAGCUGUUCAAACAGUUUAUGCAUCAAAAUUGACAACGAACAGUUCAACAUAUUUACGCAGUUGUUUCGGUUCAGGUUCAACUUUUUACUAUGAAGCGAUACAAGUGACUAUUCGUCGAAGUGGUCUUUACACUUUCUUCAGCAAAAGCAAUAUGUCCACACACGGCUCUAUUUACAAAGAUUAUUUCGAUCCAUCUAAUCCACAUGAAAAUCAACUCUUGUCCGCUGAUGUCAACUGCAAACCACUUCAGUUUAAAUUCACAAUUGCUCUUGAAACCAGUAUUACAUAUAUAUUGAUUGUGACAACCUAUACCCCCAAGGAGACAGGUGAAUUCUUAAUAUUUGUAUCCGGUCCAAAUAAUGUUAAUCUCAAGACCAUGAGUUCUCCAUCAGUCAUCGAAAUACCAUAUUCAUCAGAUGCACAAUCAAAAUAUUCAUCACAGUUGACUACGAUUAGUCAAACAUAUUCUCGAGAUUGUCGAAAAUCAAAUUAUUACUAUGAAACUAUACGAGUGAAUGUAGUGGAAACUGGAUACUAUGCUUUGAGUAGUUCUAGCAGUAUGGAUACAUUUGGUGAUAUUUACAAAGAUGAUUUUAAUCCAAUGAAUCCUAUCGAGAGUCAACUCUCACAGGUUUAUCGAAGCUGUUUUCAUCUAAAUUUCAGGUUCAGCGUUUAUCUUUACGCUAGCACUAAAUAUAUAUUAGUGGUGACAACAUCUUCUCCAAAUAUGACGGGACGGUUUUCCAUUUUGACAUCUGGCCCAAAUAACAUUACUCUUGAUCCUUACACUCAAAGUCAGACCAGUUGUUUCAUUGGUCAAAAAUGUCAGUUCUACAAAAAAAGUAUUGGUGUCACUCUCGAUGAUAUUUUACGUGACGAAAUUCGAUCAAAUAUGACAUUGACUGAUCAGACAGUAUUGGUGAAAAUCAAUGCUGCUCUAACAAUGAUUAUGUUUGUUGGAGGUUUAAUCAAUAGUUUGUUGUCUCUACUAACAUUUCAAAGUAAAGAUCUACGACAAGUUGGAUGUGGCAUUUAUCUCUUAGCAUCCUCGAUUACUUCGUUUCUUACGAUCAGCAUGUUUGUAGUGAAGUUUUGGUUUGUUGUUCUUACUCAAAUGGAUCUAUCAAUUCGUUUUUCUGUUGUUCGAGGAGGUUGUUUAUUGAUCGAACCACUUCUCAAGCUUUGUCUAUAUUUGGAUGCUUGGCUUAAUGCUUGUGUAGCCAUUGAAAGAGCGAUUCUUGUUUUCAAAGGAGUUAACUUCAAUAAACAAAAAAGUCAACGCAUUGCUCGAUGGAUAAUUCUCGUCUUACCAUUCUGUAUCAUGGGUUCAAUCAUUCACGAACCUAUACAUCGAGAGUUGCGUGAGGUAAAAAUGGAGACAAAUAAAGUGGAUAUCAAUAGAUGGUGUUUAACUCGUUAUUCUCCUUCUAUUCAACAAUACAAUACAAUCAUUCUAUUUUUCCAUCUUGUUGGCCCAUGUAUUAUCAAUCUUUGUUCUGCUUUAUUCAUCAUAUUUGGAUCAGCCCGACAACGAUCAACAGCUCAAACAAGACAAACUCUAAGAGAACAUAUUUAUCAUCAAUUUAAUGAACAUAAACAACUAUUAAUCAGUCCAAUUAUUCUUCUAAUUCUGUCUUUACCUCGUCUGAUUAUGUCAAUGUUAUCUGAAUGUGUCAAUCCAUCGAACCAUCGAUUAUUAUUUAUUUUUGGUUAUUUCAUUUCAUUUACUCCAUCGAUGCUUAUCUUUAUUAUCUUUGUCCUUCCUUCAGGAUUGUACAGAAAAACAUUUCAAGAAUCUUUCAAACGAUGGCGACGAUUAAUUCAUCAAUAA